AUCCUACUCUGCUUCCUCCUCUUCCUCUUGCAGAGACCUCUCCACACUCCACUACUAGGAGGGAGAGAAAAUGCAACAGUCGUCCCCACCCCCUUCCUUUUCUCCCCCUUUCUUUCUCUCUUGGGAUGGAAUUACGCAGAGAACUUGUGCGCGGGAGUUCCUGAGUUUCCCCAGUUGGACAGGCAGGAGCUGCCUUAGUACCCAGCUCUGGGGUAAAGGAAAAGGGCCGAUGGGGUUGUUAGCAGGAGCAGUUACUAAACAGCUGAUCUAGUGUCUUCUCUCCUCCACUAUCCCUCUCCCCAAUCCUAACCCCCUCCUCCCAACCCUACCUUCCCCUUCCAGGCUCGGACGCCUAGCUGGAAAGCAGUCCUCCGGGAUUUCUACUCUUAUUUCUGACACCGCAACAAUGCAGCAGUAUCUCAGCCCUGGCAGUCCCCUCUUGCUGCUGCUGCUUUUACUCUCCUGCGGCACUUUUGGGGUCUGGGGAGAGGAGAAUGAGCUCCUAUCCUCCCGGGACACCUUACCCCCGCUGGGGGACGGGGAGGUGAUGACACCCACUGCCAGAGCCGCCUGGCCCAAGGCGACCAACGCUAGCCAGUCUCUUCCAUCCGUACCUCAGGGGCGGCCCCGCAACCUCUCUCCCACCAUGUGCUCCGGCCAGACAGAGAUCAAGGAGACUUUCAAGUACAUCAAUACCGUGGUGUCCUGCCUGGUGUUCGUGCUAGGCAUCAUUGGGAAUUCCACCUUGCUGAGAAUCAUUUACAAGAACAAGUGCAUGAGGAAUGGCCCCAACAUCCUCAUCGCUAGUCUGGCCUUGGGCGACCUCCUCCAUAUCAUCACUGAUAUCCCCAUUAAUGUCUACAAGCUGCUUGCAGAAGAUUGGCCCUUUGGAGUUGAAAUGUGCAAGCUGGUCCCCUUUAUUCAGAAGGCUUCUGUGGGCAUCACGGUACUCAGCUUAUGUGCUCUAAGUAUUGACAGGUAUCGGGCUGUUGCUUCCUGGAGCAGAAUUAAAGGGAUUGGAGUGCCGAAAUGGACCGCAGUGGAAAUUGUUUUAAUUUGGGUUGUCUCUGUUGUUCUGGCUGUCCCCGAAGCAAUCGGUUUUGAUAUGAUUGCUAUGGACUACAAAGGAAAGUACCUUCGAAUUUGUUUACUUCAUCCUACUCAGAAAACUUCCUUUAUGCAGUUUUAUAAAACAGUUAAGGAUUGGUGGCUGUUUAGCUUUUAUUUCUGCUUGCCUUUGGCCAUCACUGCAUUUUUCUAUACUUUGAUGACCUGUGAAAUGUUGAGGAAGAAAAGUGGUAUGCAAAUCGCUUUAAAUGACCACUUAAAGCAGAGACGUGAAGUAGCCAAAACUGUUUUUUGUCUGGUGCUGGUUUUUGCUCUGUGUUGGCUUCCCCUUCAUCUCAGCAGGAUUUUGAAGUUCACUAUCUAUGAUCAAAGUGAUCCCAAUAGAUGUGAACUUCUGAGCUUUCUGUUGGUCCUGGACUACAUUGGCAUCAACAUGGCUUCAUUGAAUUCCUGCAUAAAUCCAAUUGCUCUGUAUUUGGUGAGCAAAAGAUUCAAAAACUGCUUUAAGUCUUGCUUGUGUUGUUGGUGCCAGUCUUUUGAGGAAAAACAGUCCCUGGAGGAAAAGCAAUCCUGCUUAAAGUUCAAAGCAAAUGAUCAUGGAUAUGACAACUUCCGCUCCAGUAAUAAAUACAGUUCAUCAUGAAAGAAGAAUGGGGGAGUCACUGAACUGUAGUUCCUUCAUUUUGAAUAGAAUUGUUAUGUUUAAGACAAUGGGGCAUUUGGAGUCAUAGUUUUGUGUUUGCACAAAGAAAUUUUGAGAAAGUGAUUGUUCGCUUAAUACUAAUAGUUCUUCAUGGUAUCUUUAGUUGUUUACAGUACAUGAAGGAAAGUAGGAAGAAAAGAAAGAGCACCUCAUUGUCAUAGCACUUAAAAUCUUUGAAGUUAGCACUUCAGUGGAACUCUAAAUAACUUCCUGUAGGUUAAUAUGCCAUUUCUAUUCAGCAUGAAUUCAUCCAGAAUUUUCAGCCAAACAGUUGUUUUCUUAUUGAUGUGAAUCCAACAUGGGAUCCAAAAGAACAGACUUAUCUGUACAUCACAGAUAUACGAAGUGAUUCAAUUAGGGCUUUUAAAAAAAAUCCUAAAAAAAAAGGAAAAGAAAAAGUGUUUUAAUUUUUAUCACGUGUUACAAUACUGGCUAGAUACAAUAUUGGUAGAUACAGGAGGUGAAAGUAUCUGAAAGUAAAGUUUAGCUGCUUUCUUUUGUUCAAGUUUUAAAACAUACUUGAAUCAUCCCAAGGAAGGCUCAGAAAAUGUCAUCUAA